AUGAGUUCUCUUCUCAAGGUACUACAGAGUGAGUUGAGAUCUUUAUCUGUGGAAGCACAACAGAAGAAGUUUCCGGCAAUCAAAGAUGCUGCUGAUCGUGGUGUCAGACAACUAAGAUCGAUACAAGAAAAGAUGGAAGAGCAAGGUAUUUCAUCUGAUCAAGUUAUUCAGUUGAUUAAAGGAAAUAAUGAGGAUAUUGUUAAACCAUUUCUUAUAGCUUGCGAAAGCAAAACAACAAAAUUAAUAGUGACUGCUCUAUCUUCACUUCAUCAACUUUUACUAUAUGGUGCUGUACCCGAGUUAGUCUUGGCAAUUUUCACUGCACGAGAGGGUUAUGAACUUAAUCAAAUUACACUCUCAAAAUUGUUAAAAUUAUGCUAUUCACUGGAAGGAUCUAAAAGUUUAAAUGUUGACAUGACUGCUAAAGCCACUCUUCGUCAAGCUACAAUAUCAAUUUUUGAAUUUUUAAAACCUAAAAUUAAUCCAGAGACUAAUGAAGAAUUGGAAAGAUCCAUUGAUGAGGAAUCUAAUCAAUUCAAGAAUGCAUUUUUGUAUUUUAAUGAUCUUUGUGCUACUAUUCAAGGUGAAACAGGGGAAUGGCUUGGAAUUUCAAAUAUAGAUAUUAAUUUUAUUCUUGAAUUGGUUGAUUCAGUACUGUCACAUUAUGGAAAAUAUUUUACAACAUUUGAUCUAUUCAAGAAUAUCAUCAGUCAAAGAAUGACACCAUUUUUAUUGACAAAUAUUAGUAAUAUUUCUAAUGGAAGUUCUACAAAUUUUUCUUUAAUGCUUCGAGUUUACAAGCUUUUAAGCUCUGUAAUCAAUUCAUUUGGUUUGGUUCUUCAUUUUGAAACUUUUACUCUUGUCAUUUGUGAUCACUUGCGAGAUGUUAUUGAAAAAUCUUCCAAUCAAUGCAACAAGGUAUUGGCUUUAGAAGUGUUGAAAAGUAUAUUUUAUGAUUAUGAAUUAUUGAUUCAUAUUCAUAAAUCUCUACCUUCAUCAUCUGAGAAUGGUGAAUUGAAUAUUGAUGGACAUAUUAUUACAAAACUUUCUAGUGCUGUCACUACCUAUGUACAACAGUUACUCAACUAUAAUACAUCAGCCACUCCAGGUACUCCAACAGACCCGAUGAGUGCCGAGAAGAAUACUCAACCAAUUAAUACAGGAAGCAGUAGCUUAUCUGCAAAGUUAAGCAAUUUUGAUUUAACACAAAAACAAACUUCAAGACUAGAUAUUCUAGUUGACAAGACUACCUAUUCACCUUCUCUUGGAGAAUCAAUUGGUGCUUGUUUAGAGUGUAUCACUGGAUUAAUAACUUCCCUGAGUAUCAUGUCAGGUAUUCAGAAACCAACUGGUCCUAUCAAGAAAAACCAAGUUGAUGAAGAUACUGAAGAAUCUUUGGAAAAGAAAAAAAUAUGCUCAAUAUUUGUAAACCUUGUUUGGGCGCCAACAUUAACUUUAUUGUAUAUUCUCUUAGAGGUUUGUGAAGGUGAUGAAAAUAUUCAAUCAAUUUUGAGAAACUACCUCUUAUUUACUCAUACAUGCGGAAUUACUGGAUUAUCAGCACCAAGAGAUGCCUUCUUGACAAACCUUUGUAAAUUUACCCCAAAAAUCAAAUUAUCCAGAAGAACCUAUUCCAGUUCUAAUCUUAGUAAUACUAGCGAUCUAUUCUACACAACUUAUGAACCAGUUGUUGCAAAUAGUGCUAACAGCCCAACCGAUGUAACAAUGAAAAUGGAUGACCUCAAUAGAAAAUCUGUAUUGGUCAUGAAAAUAUUGUUCAAUAUUGCUCACUGUCUUGGUGGAUUGUUGGGGAGCAGUUGGUACUUGUUGCUUAAGAAUUUCUUGGUAAUUGAUAAGCUACUCAACCAAAGAAUGCCUUUCACAUCAGCACCAGAAAGUGAACAAGAAGAUUUAAAUAUUUUGUUUGCAGCUUUACAAAAUUUAUUCAUGAGUACCUCUCACUUGAGUGAUGAAUCUGUUCUUGUAAUGUUGAAGUCAUUGUGCAGAUUGUCACAAGAUACAACCAAUAAUGCCCUCCUUGGUGAAAGUAGAUUAUUUGCAGCACAAAAAAUUUUGGAAACUGUUCAAGUCAAUAUGAAUAGGGUAGAGAAAACAUGGCCUCUGUUUUCCUCUCACAUUCUAUGGUUGGUAGAGAAUGAAAAUGAACAUACUCGUAAAUCAUCUAUUAAUUUCGUUUAUGAAGUUAUCAUCUCAAUGUAUAGACCUGAGAAUAACAAAUAUAGCGUAAGAUUUGGAAACAAGGACGGAGAAUUGGAAAGUAAUGAGAUAGUAUCUCCAGAUUUGGAAAGAAUUGUGUUUACUAUUUUCAUGGAUAUUUUCCAAUCAUCAUGUGAUUAUAUGGAAACAAGAGAACAACUUUUGACAACUCUUAACAGUCUUAUUGGUAAAUGUGGCCACAAGCUCACUACAGCCUGGACUGUUUUGCUUCCAUUGUUAAAAGAAUGUGCUGCUCUUCCUACCUCGAAAAAGAAGUCAGCAAAUAGCACUGUAAAUAGAGCCAAAUUAAUUCCACUUGGUUUCAAGUGCGUACAAUCCAUAGCCUCCAAAGAAUAUUUACCAACAUUAGGAUUUGAAUGUCUUACAGAGUUUUUCACUGUAAUCAGUGCAUAUGUCAAACAAAGAGAUGCCUCAGACUUGAAUUUAAGUUUUGUUGCCAUCAAUUUAUUUAUGAGUAGUGCUGAAUUUUUAACUGACAGAUAUCCAAAAGUAAAGAAUCAAGACACUUACAAAGAUGAUAAAGAGGCAGGAGAAAAUGAAGGUGAUUUGAGUAGAGUUGAUGAAUUGUGGUUGACUCUUUAUGAGCAGCUCAGAGAAGCAACUGUAGACUCUAGACCUGACGUUAGAAACUCUUCCCUUAAAAUCCUAUCAUUUGUAAUGGUUUCACAAGGAGAUCAACUCAUCAAAAAGACAUGGGAAAAGUGUAUUUCUGACAUUCUCUUGAAGAUUCUCGACAUGACACACGAAGCUGCUACCUCUGCUGAGACCAGUUUAGAAGAUUUUGAGCUCCCAACAGCAGGAAAAGAUGCUCAAAUUGAGUCAGAUGAUUCAAAGAAAAAGAAGAAACAAAUUGUUGUUCACCACACAAGAAAUACUGCCGCUAAACAAUGGAGCGAAACAAGAGCCUUGGUAAUUGAUUUCGUAUCUAGAGUUGUUUGUGAACACGGAAAAACUAUCCUUUCUGAAAUUCCAUUAUUUGUUGAUAAGGCAUGCAACGAUAUUACAUUAUUUAUUCACAAGUCUGUCCUCUCCAAAACAUCAGAAAUUGCCAUGACAGCUGUUAAAAAUCUAUACGAUAUGAUCAGCUGUACAAGAGGUAAAAUUAAGCAAAAUCUGUGGAAGGGUGCUUGGGAAAUUUGGCAUACACUUGCAGAUUUUUCCAAGUAUGUCACUAAUGAUAAGAAAGAAUCAUUUGUAAAUGUGGAUACAAUAACUCAACUAUUAGAUGGUAUUGGAAAAUUAUAUGAACAACAACAAAAUGGAGGUGAAAGUAUCUUCACUCAAGAGGAUAUUAGAAAUGUUAUUAAUUAUCUUAUUGACCAAUUUCUAGUUUGUCCUGCAGCUGUAAAUGUAAUAAUAUUCCCAUCUGCCGUGCAAAGAUCUUGUAUGGAUUUGGUUUGUAAAAUUAGUUCAUUCUCUGACGAAACUAGAGAAUACAUUUUUGAUAUUUUAAGCAAUCAUCUUCCUUCUAAGAAUUCAAUUAGAAAGGGACAAAUAGAGACACCUGUCAAGUAUGCUGUUUUACUUCAAAAAACUUUGCUUGAGUGUUGUUGUUUGCAAGCUCCUACAGCUGUUAGACAAAAGCUUUUUAAGCAAACUAUUCAGUUAUUGGGCGAUAUGAUUCAAACCAAGUUUGUCAAACAAUCCAAUCAAAAGAGCUACUUUUUAUGGAAAUCCUCCAUCAAGGGUUUAGAAAAUGUCGUUAAGGCUUGUGUUAUUUCUCCAGAAGACAGUUUUGUUAAAGAUGUUGAUGAGGAAACAUGGAAAGAUUUGUGUAUCGCUAUUGAAGAAUUCCUAUUCCAUGAAAGUUAUAUUGAAUCAACAGACGAGGAUGAGGAAUAUGAGGAUAGCAGUAGUGAAGAGGAUAAUGCUGAAACUGAAGAGGAAACUGAUGAAAGUAUUUUACUGACAGAACUCAUUUCUAAAUUUGUUUUAGUACACAUUGAUGCCACCACAGUUAAAAAGAGAUUGCUCAUGAUAUUGGAGAAGGCAACACAUUUAGCCCCAAAGAAGGUUGCCAAACAUUCUCUCAAAACACUCUUCUACUUUGUUUCCAAUGCCACACAAAAGUUGGAAAAUGUUUCUUCUAAAGAAGAAGAUUUGACAGAGACUGAACGUAAUGAAGUAGAUUUGGGAAGAUUUGUUUUACCAAUUUUAUUCAAGCGAUGCAAAUCCAUUUUGAAUCAAUUCAUUCAAGAUGAUAAGAGAAGUGGUAAUUGCCCUCUGCCAAAACACAGAAGACAAGAAUUGUACAAUACACUCAUUGAACUCAAAUCUAUCAGGGUAAAUCCUUUACUGUACUCUGAGCUUAAUAAGUUAUCUGAACUUUCUGAAAAUCAAUCACUAGCUUUGAAUGGAUAUCAAGGAUUGGUUGUGAGAUUAUUCCCAGUUUUGUGCGAGUUUAUUUCCUACAAUAGUAACAAAGAAUCCAUCUCGGCAGUUUUGUUGGAAAUGUUCAAGAUUGUGAGUAAGGAACUUGGCAUUGGAGAAGCCCAUCUUUUGAUUGAUUCAGAUGAAUAAAAAUGGUCUACUUUUU